ACCUGAACAAAGCCCGCCUCCGCUCCGCCUCUCCCCUCCUUUUUUCUUCUCUGUAAAUAGUUACAUGGCAAUUCUCCUCGUACCAAAAAUACUAGACUUUCCCUUCUAGUUUAUCUCCAAUCUCUAAUCCCCCCCCCCCCGACCCUUUUAUUUUGGCAUGUUUCUCAGAAAAAGCAUCGCCAAACUCCCCUGCACAUAUCCUGCGCUUAACACUGCUUCUUUCAUUUCCUCUUACAACCAAACAACCCCGCAAGAUAUUGCUCAUCGAGCUUCUUUCUUAAUCAACCAGCCCAACUGGAAGACCAACGAGACCCUCAAAUCCUUUGUUUCCCACAUGAACCCCACCCUUGCUGCCCAGGUCAUCCUCCUCCAAAACCACCAUUUCUCACUCGCUCUCCGGUUUUUCCAAUGGGUUUGUCAACACUCCACUUACUGCUACGAUAUAACUAGUAGAAUCCACCUCUUGAAACUGCUCGUAUCCUCCAAUUCAUUUCGAAUUGCUCAUAAGGUGGUGAUUGAACUCAUCAAAACCUGUAGUAGCAAUGAGAACGAUCUUUUGAAGCUAAUGGAAGCGCUUGAUGAGAUGAGGGAGACCAGUUUUCGCUUAAAUUACCCUUGUUAUAGCAUUCUCUUGAUGUCAAUAGCUAAGUUUAGUAUGGGGUUUUUAGCUUUUUUGGUUUAUAGAAGAAUGAUAGCUGAAGGCUUUGCUCUUUCUGCUAUUGAUUAUGGAAUGAUAAUCAAUGCUUUAUCCAAAGUUGGCUUUGUGUGUCAAGCUGAAAUGUUCAUGUCCCAAUCUUUGAAGCUUGGGUUUGGAUUGGGUACUCAUAUUUGUACUUCUUUAGUAUUGGGCUAUUGUCGAAAAAAGGAUCUCUCGGAAGCCUUCCGGGUGCUUGAUGUAAUGUCCAAGUCAGGUGGUUGUGAAGCGAAUUCAGUUACUUACUCGAUUUUAAUACAUGGUCUAUGCGAGAUUGGGAAGGUUGAAGAAGCUUUUGCUUUGAAAGAAGGGAUGAAAGAGAAGGGUUGCCAGCCGAGUAUUCGGACUUACACUGUAUUAAUAAAGGCUUUGUGUGAUGAUGGAUUGAUUGGUAAGGCUUUGGAUUUGGUUCGUGAAAUGAUCGGAGAAGGAUGUAAGCCUAAUGUUUAUACUUAUACUGUUUUGAUUGAUGGGUUGUGCAGGGAAGGGAAGAUUAAGGAGGCUAAUGGGAUGUUUAGGCAGAUGGAAAAAGGGGGUGUUUAUCCAGGGAUUGUAACGUACAACGCUCUGAUUAAUGGAUAUUGUAAAGAAGGGAAGAUUGUUUCUGCUUUUGAGCUUCUUAGUUUGAUGGAGAAACGAAAUUGCAAGCCUAAUAUCCGUACCUAUAAUGAGCUUAUAGAAGGACUGUGUAGAGUCAACAGACCUUAUAAGGCAAUGAUCCUUCUCGGAAGGGUUGUCAACAAUGGCUUAUUGCCUAACUGCUUGAGUUAUAAUAUUUUAAUUAAUGGGUUCUGCAGAGAAGGCCAUUUUGACAUGGCUUUCAAGAUAUUUGAAUUGAUGAACUCAUUUGGGGUUGAUACUGAUGCAUAUAGUUUUACUGCUAUGAUUGAUGGGUUGUGCAAACAAGGGAGACUGAAACUCGCAAAUGGGCUGUUGGGUAAGAUGAUAAAAAAGGGAAUAGAACAGGAUGAAGUGACAUUUACUGCACUUAUGGAUGGAUUUUGCAAAUCAGGUAACACUGGAGGUGCAUCAAAGCUUUUGAAGAUGAUGAUUGAAAAUGGUUGUUUGAAGACUUGUCAUGCCUUCAACUCAAUUCUUCAUGUUCUGAGCAAAGAAUGUGAGUUGGUAAAACAAUAUGCCUUGUUUGGAAAGAUCCUAAAGCAUGGUUUAGCCCCUUCUGUUGUGACUUACACCAUAUUAGUAGGCGCACUUUUUCAAGCAGACAAGGUUGACCAGUCCUUGAGCGUGAUAGAGCUAAUGAAACAAGUUGGCUGCCCUCCAGGUGUAUACACAUACAAUGUCAUGGUUAAUGGCUUGUGUCAAUUUGGAAGAGUUGAGGUUGCAGAGAGGAUCUUGGAUAGCAUGUCUGAUUUAGGAGUAUCCCCAAAUCAUGUUACAUACACUAUAUUGGUCAAAGCUCAUGUUUAUGCUGGCAGGUUAGACCGUGCCCUUGAGAUUGUGUCCGUUAUGGUUAAAAAUGGAUUUCAGCCCAACAGUCGUGUCUAUUCUGCACUACUAGCAGGAUUCAUUUCUUCAAACAAGACCACUGAAGUAGCACAUUCCCGUUCUAUCAGUCCUCUAUAUGUUUGGUCACCAUCUACUGCAGAAAAUUAUGAUGAAUGUGUUUCCAGUAACAUUCUAAAGGAAAUGGAUCUUGAGCAUGCAUUCAAGCUCCGAGUUGAAAUUGAGAAAUUCGGUGGGUCUGUUUUGGAUUUCUAUAAUUUUCUAAUUGUGGGUUUAUGUGAAGUCGGAAGAAUUGUAGAUGCUGAACAUCUUACCAAAGAUAUAUUAAGACAAGGUUCAUAUCCUGAGAAGGCAUGUUUUUCUGUGAUUGAUUGGCACUCUAGGAACAGCAACUGCAACGAGUGCCUCAAGUUCUUGGAUCUUAUUCUCAGUAAUGGUUUCAUUCCAUCUUUUGCAUCUUAUUCAUCCGUGAUCCACUGUAUGCAUACCAAAGGAAACAUCAAAGAAGCUCAAAGACUACUUUCUGACCUCAUGAAAUACAAUAAUAUUGGGGAUGCAAAAGCAGCAUUACCACAUAUCGAGUUCUUGGUAAACACAGAUGAACCUGAAAAAUGCAUAGAUCUUCUAAAACUAAUUGAGCAAAUGGUUAACAGGGAGAGGCCAGUCAUCUAAUUCAUGCUCCAUUGUUCUUCUCCCUUGACAUCACUGCUUAUAGUCAUGAUCUCCCAGAUUAGCUAGAGCAGAAAUAUAUUUACUACUGUUCAGCCCCAGAUUUUUUGGAUAGAUCAUCAUGAGAAUCAGACUCACAAGCAUAACACUAAUACCAGGUAAAAUCUACUUCAUACUCCCAUCAUAUCUUUCAUUCAGAGAUUUGAUAAAAAGAAAAACUGGGUUGAUGUAGAAAACUUUCCCUGAGGUCGUUCUGUAAAGUGAAGCCUUGUGUAGAUGUGUAGGACUGUAGGAAACAAGUUUGCUCCCAAUAGGAUCUAAAAUGCAAAUCAAUAGAAUACAUUUUUGUCAUAAAUUAUGUUGUUCUCGCAGUCCAUUUUUCUUUUAAGUAACAUGUUCCAUAUAAUCAUAUCCAAAAAAUUUUGAAUUUAAGUAUGAACAUAUGACCUUCCAAGUCUUAGGCCUC